UGAAUCGACCACAUCAUUCGGUCUGGGAUGAUGAGCGCUGCACCGCCUCCUCCAGCGGAAGUUUACUGUUGCAUAGCAACGUUACUGCGCUGGUUUCGUCAGUGACAGUGCUACGGUGGUCGAAUGCAGAGCGCUGGAGUUGAGGGAGGCGGAGAGGAGGGAAGGGAGGAACGCUCCAGCCAAGAUGAGAGAGACAGCAAGCUGCAGGACGGAAGUGAGAAAGCAGCGGAGGACUGUGGAGCGACUGUCCCACCUGCUGAAGAGUGUGGCCCACAGGAUCAGUCAGGACUGCAGCCGGAUCACCCCGAGCUUCACCCUGACCACAGUGGUGCCGAUGAAUACUCACCUGCAGCCACAAAUUCAGUGCAACAAAAUGUUGCUCAGGUGCUAUUGAUACCUCACCUCUCAAACCUUAACACAUCAGAAGACAUGGAGGAUCAGAAGCCAUUGCCGGGGGACGAGGAAUUCAUUGUUCUCGACUCUGAACAUCCACUGGUCAGAAGGCAACAAGCUGCUUUGAGCAGCCAGCUUAGCAAGCAGCUGGAGAGGAUCAACCUGGGACUGAAGGAAAAGCUGGCAAUGGAGAAGGCAGAUGCCAGCCACAUUCUGGAGAUAGGUGUUGAGAUGUUCAGGAUUCAGGAGCAGCUGGCCAGACUCCAGACCAGGCUGGAGGACCGUCAUCAUACCAAGGCACAGGCUGAAGCCAAACAUCGGCAAGCACAGGAUCGGCUGGAGGCAAUGAGGAACCAGUGUUCCAGUAUCACCAGCCAGUACAGCAAAGCCAAAGCUAAUGUGACCCAGCUACAGGCCGAGAUAGACAACCUGAUGCUGAAUGUCGUCUUCACACAAGGAGUCAGUCAAGAUCUGCGCUCUAAUGUCAAAGCCAUGAACAAUGCCAGACGCAAAGCAGGAGCUGAGAAGAACCAGGCUGAAGACCAGAAACUGAAGCAGGAUUUGUAUGUGGAGCGCCUAACAAAGGACAUGGAGAAGCUGACGCAGCAGAUAGCCAUGUAUGAGGCCCAGGCCAGUGCUCAAGCAGAGGAGACACAGGCAGCCAAGCAGGCUCUCUCUGAGGCUGAGAUGGAAAUGGAGUCUCUGGCGAUUUCACGUAAACAGCUGCUGCAGCAGUGGAGCAGCAGCCUGGUGGGCAUGAGGAGACGAGAUGAGGCCUUCAGCGCGAUGCAGGAGGCCGUGCGCGCUGUUGAACACCAGGUGAUCUUGCUGGACAGGGAGAUUGAAGGCUACAAGAAAUCCACCACUGAAGAGCAGGAAAAAAAUGAGACACUAACUAUGCAGCUGAACUGGUCCCAGAUGGACGGUGCCACCUCCAAAAAGCUGAUCAGUCAGAAGCAGGCCCAGCAAGAGGCUCUGCAGGCCCACUACAGCACCUGCCUCCGCACGCUGAGGGAAACGGAGCGCACCCUCGCCAGGCUCUCUAAGGAAACCAACACCCACCAGGCUGAAGUGAACGAUCAGAGGAGGCAGUUGGAGAAAGAGAGUGCUGUUCGUCUGGAGUUGGAGGACAAGAUCAUGACCCACAUGCAGCAAAAGCUCGCCCACAACAAGGCUGCCAAGUACUCCCAACGGCUCACCAGCAAGAUAUCCGCACUCAAGAAGGAGAAGAUCUCUCAGUUGUGGCAGCUGGAGAACGAUGUAGUGGCGGUGGGACUGGAGAGCAGCAUGGUCGGCCAACAUCUGGACAGCCUGGCCCUCACCCAGGAGGCCCUAGAUGAGGAGAUCGCAAAGUACAACAAGUUACUGACAUCCAACCAGACUAAGAUUUCUUCCUUUGUUAUAGUCAUCGGGCAGAAGCAGGCCACCAUCGCCAACUAUAACAAAAAGAUCUGUCAAAUCGCAGCCAGCAGUGGGAAUGAGGACCUGAGUCCUCUGCAAAUCAAGGUAGAGGCAUUAAUUGCUCAGAUUGAGGAGCUGGCAGCGAAUAUCAAGAGUGACCAGCAGCUCUGGAUGAAACGGCAGGGCACUCUGGUAGGACUGACCCAGGAGAUAGAAGCCAACAGCAAGAACAUGCUCAAACUACAGACAGAGUACACUGGCAUGCAGCAGAAGAAAAUACGUUUGGAGAGUCAGAUUGAAGUAGAGCACCGUGAGGAGAUGGAGCUGGAGAAGAAUGCGAAGAUGCUGAGAGGAGACCUGCUGAAGCUCAACACCCUGCUGAGCAAGAACGCACAGCUCAGCCUGGCGCUAGAGCAACAGAACGCACUGAUGGAGACAGACUUCCUUCAGCGCCUUAAGGAGGCAGAGCGGGAGUCUAUCGAGAUGCAGAUCAAACACGAGAAGACCCAAGAGGAAAAAGAGAGACUCCUCAACAGUCUGGUGGAGGCUGAGCGGCAGAUUAUGCUGUGGGAGAAGAAGACCCAGCUCGUAAAAGAGACUCGUUCAGCUGUGGACUCGGAGGUGGGUCAGGGAGACAUUCGGAUGAUGAAGGCUGAGAUACACCGUAUGGAGGUGCGACUCAACCAGCUGAUGAAACAGCAGGAGCAGCUGCUGAGGGAGAGUGAAGCAACAGUGGCGAGGAGGGAGACUAUCGUCCUGCGCAGGGAGGCCAUGGUCCACAGCUCCCACAAACAGGCUACAAAGGGCGAGCUGAACCGCGUCACACAGGGCCUGCAGCGCAAGAUCCAGGACACACACAAGGAUGCUGUAGAGUGUGAGCAGGUGAUCAGAGAGCUACAGAAGAGCCAGAUGAGUCUGAGCGACAGGCUUGCGCAGCAGAAGCAGCAGGUGAUAGAACUCUGUGGCACCAGCCACAUCCUUGAGCCUGAAUUCGUAAAUCUCCAGGACACCAAAGACAGGAACUUAGCUCACCUAGUGGCUCUACAGAGCCGGACCAAGAAGCUGCAGGGGGUGUGUGACGGCAGCUACCAAGCCUUGUCCACCAGCGAAUCCGUCGGAGCCGCUCUGCAGAGCCAGAUGGAGCGUGUGCACACUGCCAGCACCAUCUUGCACCACGUGUGUGAGGAGUUCCCCCAGCACCAGGGGGCGCUCCGCAGGCUGUCGCUAGCACUGGCAGCACGCACUCAGGCCCUGGAGCCGGAGAUGUCCUGAGAGUGAGGGGAGGAUAGAGACAUGACAGUGAGUAUAGGAGAAGAAGCACAGAGGAUGGAAAGGGAGUAAAAAUGUAAUAAGUGAUGUUUGCACUCUUUUAUGCUGUGAAUGAAAUGCUGAUUGUGAAACAAUGUAAUAAAAUAAAGGCUUAUGAAACAUUAAUACAAUUAACUAAAUCCUU